AUGACUGGGCUCGAAGAGAUGAAGGACAUGGAGGCCGACAUGAAGAAGUGGGAGGUCAUCUCCGUAUAUGUCGGUACCCGCAACGCCAAGCAGGUUCAGACCCACGCCCAGAAGUGUUUGAAAAACGAGCAGGAGGGAAUUUGCUUCCCGCCAAAGAAACGCAUGUACGUAAAUUAA